ACUACAAUCCUUGGCAUUUGUGGCUGCCACAAAAAUGAGUUCCCUUCCACUUUGUUUGAUCGGCAUCGUACUGGUGCUUCCACUCGGUUCCAACGGGAACGUGAUAAAAUUAACAGAAUCAAAUUUCAAUGAAAUGACUUCCCAAAACAAGAUUAUGGUUAAAUUUUAUACGACUUGGUGCAGUUACUGUAAGAAAAUGGCUGAACCUUACAUUAAAUUGGCAAAAGAACUAAAAGAUACUGGUUCAGAUAUUAAAGUGGCUGAAGUAGAUUGUGAAAAAUACAGUCGUGUGUGUGACAAAGCUGGGAUAAAAGGUUUGCCUACGCUCCAAUACUAUCGAAAUGGAUCUCCCACUGAAUACAAAGGACAACGGACCACAAAACCGAUGCUUCAAUGGCUGACGAGUACUGCUUAAUUUUGUAGAAAGCAUCAAUUUGGAUCAGAUUUUCGGAUACCGCUUUGACAUUAAAAAAAUAACGCUAAGACCACAUUUUAAAUGAAAUAGUUAAAAUCCCCUUCUCACUUGGCCCGAAAAAAGAUAAGCUACACAAUGGCACAAUUAAAAAGUUGAAC